ACCGACAUUUCUGCAAGCCCUUUAUUUAAUUGUUUGCAGUGUUGAUACAGGAAAACAUAUAACUUGGUUCAAGUUUCUCAACAGAAGAGAAGAACAGGAAAAAGGGCAGUGAUGGCCUGUCAUUUGCCCUGGGAAUCUCUCAUCCUCCAAAAUAUUAUUUAAGUAGAUUCAAGAUUGCUUCACAAUUGUAAUGAUGCAAGGAUGGGGUUUUUCCUGCUUAUUAAACUCUCAUCUGCUUUUCUUUGGAUAUAUUCUGUAACAAAGUGCUGAAGAUGUAUAUUCAAGUUACAGACCCAGUGACUUGUAUAUGUUUUUGCAAAAAAUGUACCUCUGGGAUACUUUAUGACCCCAACAAAAAUGGCAAAGGUUGUAAUGGUCAAUUGCAGUUAGGAUUCUCAUGCAAACCAUAACUUGCAUGUUUGGUAAGUGUACUUCUACACUAUACAGUAGGUGGCAUCUGGAUUUUGUCAUUUUAAUGACUCUGCAAUAAUUUCAUGUAUGUGAUGAGAUUAUCUGUGGAGUCCUAAUUCCUCAUUUUUUAAAAGAAAAUUAGUUCACUGCUUUCUUUGAUCCAAGUGAAAGCAGUUUUUCAUUGUCAGUCUUCAGAUGUUGGAUUAGGACUCCCAAACAGGUUUUAUAUUGAUCUAGUGUAGCGUGUCUGGCAGUGCUCCUCCUCUUGCUUUUAAUUUUGAUUAUUGAGUUAUUUUCAAACUCUUUUAUUCUGAGAGGAGGAAACAGAGUGAGCGUAUAGUCGAUAAAAAAUAAAGUGUCCUGUAUUUCUUAUCUGGUCAAAGAUUAGGUUGCCCACAUCUGAAAGGGGUGAAUACUGCAGAGGCCAGCAUAUGCUUCCUUAGCCUACAUUCCAGUGCUGGUGUGUUGCUGAGAACUUUCUGUUCUCUCUGGUGCAUUGGUGUCAUCUCAGACAGGAUAUGAUGCACUACCAGGAACCUGGCUGAAAGUGCAGUGCUAAGGGAAACACUGCUUACUCAUGGAAGCAAUUAAGAAGUGAAAGCAUGCUAGAGGUCAGUUGCAUAAAGGGACUGAGUAUCCCUUGUGGCUGAUGCAAAAUGUAGCCUUUCUCUUUCCUCUCAGAAAGGACAUUGUUUCCUAUCCUGAUGGGCUGAAUGUGAAAGAGUCAUCAGACAAUAAUCUUAAAAGAGCAACAACAGCAAAACAAAAAAAUUGCACUCACAUUUUUGUUGCCACAUGGCCAAGCUGCAAUGGGUUGACAUGGCAGUGGGAACAGAAAUGAAGUACAUUUGGCCAGGUUGGGCCAUACUGGCUCAUUCUGCAAGGGCGGAUUUAACUGUAGAUUUUGCUAGAGUUGCUAGGUAACUGUGAAUGUGAUUAUGAGUGUGGAUAUUUUUUAAAAAACCUGUUCCAUUGGGAACAAUUCUGUGAAAGGACACUAGAUGUCACCAAUGGACCAGCAUAACUAUAUAUGUAUAAUGCUCACAUGACAUUGGAGGCUGGCAGUUCUGUGUGAGAUUCACCAUUAGACUUGUUUACUCUUCUCGCAGAUGUAUCCGUCCUGCUUAUCAGUACAUUCCAUGGGCAACAGUACAAGCAGACUCUAUAGUGCUCUUGCAAAGACUUUAAGCAAUGGUGCAUCCUCCAAACAUCAAGUUUAUUUGGAACAUGCAGACUCUGAGCUCCUGGAUCCCAUAGAUCCCAAAGAACUGCUUGAAGAAUGCCAGAUUGUUCUUCAGAAACGUCCUGCCCGGCUCCAAAGAGAUUUUGUUGACCUAAGGACCAACUCUACCAGAAAUCACCAGCCCAUUAGAGUCAUGCAAUGGAACAUACUUGCUCAAGCUCUUGGUGAAGGCAAGGACAACUUCAUUCAGUGCCCUAUGGAAGCCCUGAGAUGGGAAGAAAGGAAAUGCCUCAUUCUAGAAGAGAUCCUUGCUUAUCAACCAGAUAUCAUGUGCCUGCAGGAAGUGGACCACUACUUUGAUACCUUUCAGCCCCUACUCAGUCGACUGGGGUACCAAUGUACUUUCUUCCCUAAACCAUGGUCUCCCUGUUUAGACGUGGAAUGUAACAAUGGGCCAGACGGCUGUGCCUUGUUCUUUCUCAAAGACAGAUUUACUCUUGUCAACAGCAGCAACAUCAGGUUGACUGCCAUGAAGCUCAAAACCAACCAAGUGGCUAUAGCUCAGACGCUGAAAUGUAAUGAAACAGGCAGACUGUUCUGCAUUGCUGUUACUCAUUUGAAAGCUCGCAAUGGCUGGGAGAGAUUUAGAUCUGCUCAAGGGGCUGACCUUCUUGAGAACCUGAAACAGAUCACCCAAGAAGCAGAAAUCCCACUUAUUGUUUGUGGUGACUUCAAUGCCGAGCCCACUGAAGAGGUGUACAAGGAAUUCUCAAACUCCCCUCUGAACCUCAACAGUGCUUACAAGCUCCUGAGUGCUGAUGGGCUGUCAGAACCCCCAUACACAACAUGGAAAAUUCGCCCCAGUGGAGAGUGCAGGCACACACUAGAUUACAUCUGGUAUUCACAGCAUGCCUUAAAAGUGAACUCUGCUCUCAGUCUUCUGACUGAGGAGCAAAUUGGACCCAACCGGCUACCGUCUUUCAAUUACCCUUCAGACCACCUGUCUCUAGUAUGUGACUUCACUUUCAAUGAAGAUCCUGAUAGGCUUUUAUAGUUAGAUAGAGUUAGAGGGUGUGCAUGUGGGUGUGUUUUUUAAAUGUACAGUGUUGGUCUUUGGAUGAUUCUGAAGACUUGGGGGGGUAUUUAUGAAUGAAGAAGCAACAAUUUAUUUUCAACUACUGUAUAGCCUCAAAAAAAUUUCAUCAUUAACACCUUGCUGUGACAGUAAAAAUGAACAAACAAAAA